AUGCGAUGGAGCCUCUGGGGAAGGGGAUGCGGGGGUCGCGGAGCUGGAGCCCGCGAGCCGAGGCCGCUGCAGUUAGGAGAUUCUGACGCUACUCGGCCGCCUUGGGUCGGAGAGGGCCCCGGUCCGGUAGGGCCGCCGGACAAGAUGAACAUCUGCAACAAGCCCUCCAAUAAGACUGCUCCAGAGAAGCCCGAAUGGACAGCUUCAAACAAGGGCAGUGGUCCAUCCCCUGAGCUUUGUGGUCAGCGUUCCCGGAGAAAUGGUUGGAGCUGGCCCCCGCAUCCAUUCCAGAUUGUUGCUUGGCUGCUGUACCUCUUCUUUGCUCUGAUUGGCUUUGGGAUCCUCGUUCCCCUCCUGCCUCACCCGUGGGUACCUGCUGGCUACGCUUGUAUGGGAAUUGUCUUUGUCUGCCAUCUCGUCGUCCACCUGACUGCAGUCUCCAUCGAUCCAGCAGAUGCCAACGUGAGGGAUAAGAGCUACGCAGGGCCCCUGCCCAUCUUCAAUCGCAGUCAGCAUGCUCAUGUCAUUGAAGAUCUGCACUGUAACCUCUGUGAUGUGGAUGUGAGUUCCCGAUCGAAGCAUUGCAGCGCCUGCAACAAAUGUGUAUGUGGUUUUGACCAUCACUGCAAAUGGCUCAACAACUGUGUGGGGGAGAGAAACUACUGGCUCUUCCUGAACAGUGUGGUAUCCGCCCUGCUGGGGGUCUUGCUACUGGUGCUCAUUGCUUUCUACAUCUUCGUGGAGUUCUUUAUCAACCCCAUGCGGCUUAGGACCAACAAACACUUUGAAGUCCUGAAGAACCACACAGAUGUAUGGUUCGUGUUUCUCCCAGCGGCCCCUGUGGAGACCCAGGCCCCUGCUAUCCUGGCCUUGGCUGCCCUGCUCAUCCUGCUGGGCCUUCUGUCUGUGGUGUUGCUGGGACAUCUACUCUGCUUCCACAUUUAUCUCAUGUGGCACAAACUAACCACCUAUGAGUACAUCGUGCAACAGCGGCCACCAAAGGAGGUGAAGGAGACCCAAAAGGAACCGAAGUCGUGUCCCACCAAGAUGGGGCCCAUUCAGGAGGUGGAGUUCUAUGUUCGCAGCUUCAGCUACACCAAUUCAGAGCUCCAGGCAGAGGGCUUGUCAGUGGCAUCUUCCAAGCGGGACCGUUCCACGCUCUUUGUCACCAGUUCUGAGCCUGUCCUGCCCUCCUCCUCUGACUCCCCAGUGCUGCUACCCAAGAACCAGCCACAGAAGAAGAAGAAGAAGAAGAGAAAAGUUUACAAGGUGCCAGCCUUGGUAGCCACUGAUAAGUCUCAGGGUCCCGUCCCACCUCGGCCCAGGCUGCCAGCCCCCUGCCCUGAGCUCCCCGAGACUAGUGUGAUGAGUUCUUCGACCCACUCCUCCAACUCCAGCUUGCACCGACCCGUGCCAGUCUUCCUGGGCCCAGACAAUUCUAUCCAGGCAGCUGGUCCUCCAGCUGACUACCAUUCUGAGUCAGCUGAGUCCAUGGAGGAGAUCCCUGUGGCCCAAACUCGCCUGGGCAGUACCACCCCAGCUGACAGUGGCCACCCACCCCUGUACAGUGGCCUGGGUCUUUCCCGACAUCACCUCCCCCAAGCUCCUAGCCUGGGCAAGAGAUGCCCUCGGGGCAAGGAUUAUGAACAAGAGCUGGAAUUUAUGGCCAAAGUGCCCACUGUAUUUGUUAGCCAAAGCAGUGGGGACCCCCCUGGCCCUUCCAGAGGGCAACAAUGCACUGGGGCCAGGCGGGAACACCACCGGAAGGUGAGCUUGACCUAGGUUCUUCCCUACCUUUCAGCAUUGCUGCUGUUUACCUGACAGAGAUGGAUGCUAGGCCAGGGCCUUCAGUGGUGCCCUCCUGC